UACUUGUUUAUGUUUUAAAGCAUCCUUCUUUUUGUAAUGUAAAACGACCAUUAAAAUGUGUUACAAGUGUGACUUUGGCAAGUGUUUUAGUGGUAACCUUGUCCAUGGUGAAAUAGUUUAAUCUCAGAUACAAGGAUUUAUGUCGGGCGAAAUUUCUGAUUAAUUUCGGAUUAAUUAAGUUUAAUUAACUGACUCAAUGGAACAAAAAUCUGCAUAUAUUUCAAAAUUACUGAUCCUCAGUUUGCUUAAUCUGUGAUCAUUGUACUUUAAGAAUAGUCUAACUAGUUCUUUAUGGCAUGGUCUGUUUUGAAUUGGUUAAAAUUAUUCUGUAGUAAAGUGAGACAAAUAUAUACCUCUACAACUUAAAUAUACACCGCAGAUACACUAUUUUUAAUUCAUAUUUGUUCACGUAGGCAAGUUGGAGGUGUGAUUGUGUGGUGGAAGACACGACACAGCUGGUCUCGAGCUGUGCUGCGAUUCUCGCACAUAAAUUCACUGUCACACAUUGACGCCUUGCGUGUGCAGGUGCCUGUUACCAGCAGCAAAGCUAGAAAUUCUGGGGCCCUUGAGAAAAUGUUUCCUACAAAUGUAGAACAGGAGUCUUAUGGUAAACAGCCACAAUAAAGUGCUGGCCACUUGAAUCAGCCCCCCUGCCUGUUACAUGUGGAGAUCUGUGAGGAUGCUGAAUGUAAGGGUCUCUGCUACCCCCCCCCCCCCCAAAAAAAGUUAAAUUAAUCAAAUUAAACAUUGGAAAAAAAUGAAUCAGAUGGAUUUUUGCUGACAAAGGAUUACUACUUUUAAGAGUCAACAGCAAACCAUGUUCCAGUUAUGAGCACUGCCGUUCAUCUCCAGAUGGUGUGCAUGAUUUGGAUUGUUUCUGGAUUCGGAAGGGCAAGAUGAAAUGUACCUGGAAGUCAGGGAGAUGGUCUUCAAGCAAUGCAAUGUAUACAUUUAUCCAUGAACAGUUACGGAAAUUGGGUCUAUACCGUCCAAACCACCAAAACACAUCAAAUACAUUCAUCGAGUUUCUGGUAUACAAGGCAGAUAAGCUGAACGCUUGUGUUAUUGAUGCAAGUCAUAUUGAGAUGAAUUGUACUAUGACAAAUUUCAGUGGAAUACCACAAAAUCUGAGUCGGUGCCAUCCCAGAAACAAUAUCGACUUUAAACGAUAUUCAAGGCAGUUGGACAUAAUGCCAUCUUGGGAGGAAGCUUAUGUUAAGGAUUAUGUUGUACGAAUCAGGGAGAUGGGCGGCGAAUUCUGGAGAAUGCUGCAGCCAGUAUCUAAAGAGAUGAACAGCAUUGCAGCCAAUCUUACGUCAUCAAAGUCCUAUGAGAUACAAGUGCAGUGUGUCACCAGCGACCAGUGCAGUCAAUGUCCAUGGAGUCAAAUCGUCACUGUGCCACCAGAGUUGACAGAUAAUCCAACAGUCGACAACUUAGAAGUCAGCCCAUAUGAAAAGGGGAAAAGAAUGAUUAUCAUACACUGGAAGCUCGAGGGGUACCGUUUAGUGGAUGGUUACAACGUGAUGGUGGCAAAGGAAUCCAGAGAGUUCCAGGAGAUGUUAAGCACUUCACAGCCUCCGUUGAGGCUCCUUCUCUCAGACUCAGCCUAUAUCAUCAGCAUCGUGGCCUUCAACCAAGCAGGGGCUUCCCCCCCCAUGAUGACUUCUGUGCAGACUGCAGACGAUGCUGGUUUUUUUGGGACGCUGAACAUCACUUUCAACAGCAACAUGAGCUUCGUGGUCGCCUGGGGUAUCGACCUCAGCCCGACAUACCGCUGCUUUUCUGUGGAGUGGUGGCUGAUGGGAGAGAAACCGUCCUGGCAAUCCUUUUACCUGAAGAAGGGACACCACAAGGAAAUUAUCCUGAAAGCCCCUCUGCAACCAUACAAGAAGUACUUUUUCCUCCUCAAUGUGAGGCCAGACAAAAGCACUUGCAACCUGGAGCAUGUCAACAACAGUGAGGCUACAUACGGCAGGACUCAGCAGUACGCCUUGGAAGGAACUCCUGUGAGUGCCCCAGCGAACAUCACAAGUUUAAACGCAACACGCAACUCUCUGGUCGUGCAGUGGAGUCCCAUCGCAGAAGACGACCUCCGGGGCUUUCUGCUCGGCUACCGAAUCUACUACAGCAAAAACAAACAGGAAAACCAGUCCAUAGUUGUCCAGGUGGGGCACACAGAACACUCCCAUGUGCUGUCUGAUCUGAAGGAGCACACGGUUUACAUGCUACAGAUGUCGGUCUUCACUGCGGCUGGGGAGGGUGUCCGGAGCAAGCCCGUCUACCUUAAAACCAAGCCACCUGAUCUGAGUGCAGUCAGACUUGUGGGAGUUAUUACAGUGGUACUGCUGUUUCUCUGCGUGCCUGUUUUCUCCAGAUUGCUUAAAAGGGUGAAGACAGUUUUCUGGCCCAGUAUACCCAACCCCGGCAACAGCAAUGCAGUCCAGAAAAUAGAUGGCGCACACAGUCUCGACCCACAGGACAUCCUGGAGCCCAUGGGGCAUGGCCGGCUGGCCCAUGUGAAGGAGAGCAACACGAGCAGCCUGCAUAUCAUUGAGGACGAGGUGAGCCCCCAGCCCAGCUGCAGGAGCCCACUCAUGGCGGAGAUGGCCGGACAAUGUGCAGCAGAAGAGGAGGGCCAGGCUGUCGGUGGGGACAAGGAGUCACCUGCAGCCACACCGCCAUCCGCUCAGCCCUGCCCUGGGGACUACACCACCAUGGCGCUCUUCCAGCAGAUGACAACCCAAUCGAUGCUGAAUGGUGCAACUCUGGUCAGCAAGCCAGGAGACGCUUGUCACACCAAACCGGACCAAGACUAUAUCCAGCAGGCCAUCUGCUUAAGCAUCAAGUGGUGCCAUGAGGACAGUGACAAGGUCGAGAUGUCCAUCCUGUGAAGGUAAAAUGGCCCACCCAUGACCUGCGGCCAGCUACCCUGGGUGGAGACACUGUUACAUUUCAAUGUGAAGUGUUUCUCCCAAACUGGACCCUUCACUGCAAGACAGGAUGAAAAUGAGAGCAGUGUGCAAUUAAAUCGGGUCUGCAUCACGUGGGCUCAAUCACUGGACUGCUUCCUAGCAAUGCAGCAAUAUUGUUUAUGAAAUUUUUUACUUGAUAUACUAACCUUGCAAACACAGGCCUGUAUUUCUCUGGCAUUUACAUAUAAAUCCAGGUCACUUGAUAAUGAACUGAAUCUGGAUAAAUGUGCAUAGAUCGGUCCCCUACCCACUGUUCUCAGUUAUGGAGUUUGGGGAACUCACUUUUAUUUACAUGUAAGGCCACAUUGUAGUGGUCUACAAAUACAAACUGCAUUACAAAGAGUGAUGGUCAUAUCUUGAAAUGAAAAAAAAAACAAGCAUUUCUGUAAUUCUCUGAGCAAUACAAUAUUCUUUAUAUACACAUAUACAUGGUGUUUCGGGAAUCAAUCCUGGGAGAAUUUCAUAAAGCAGGAUUUCUUGCUUAGCCAGAUAACAUCACAUUUAAGGUAGUCUGAGCUACAUUUAAGUGGACGAAGACAUAGCCCAUUUAACACAGACUACCUUAAAUCCAACAAGUUAUCCGGCUAAGCAAUAAAUCCGGCUUCAUAAAAAUACCGCCCUGUUGUCUCAUAUCCUUUUUACUGUAAUUUUGAGGCUGCUGGAAUUUGAGAAAAGCUGUUCCUGGAGCAGAAAGACAGUGGUGGGGAGAAACUAGAGAGGCAGUAUGGAAGAGAUGCCCGUUUUAAUCACAAUCACAACUGUUACAAGUUCAUGACAAGGCAAUUAUUUACAGUUAGCAUGGGAUCCAGAAUGAAAAGGAAACAAAUGACCCCCCCGCCCACCCUGGUUAUUAAACAUGAUCGCAUUCAUGGUCACUGACCUCUUGUCAGAUGCUGGCAGCGGAAACGUCAGAAUGUAAACAGCCAUUUUACUAUCAAAUGGGAAGAGUAAAUCAGGGACUGAACUUUUUUCAAAACAUCAAACCGUCACCAAUAAAACUAUCUUCGCAAAUAUACAA